CUCACAAGAACGGGGGACGUAGCUCGACUCCGCUUCCGGAUCCAUGGCGCGCUUCGCAGCCGUUCUCCUCGCCGCCGCCGCCGCCACCCUGCUAGCGGCUGGACAGCUGACCCAUGCGGUGCCGUCGACGGCCGGGGUUUUCUGGCGCGCCGUCCUGCCGAGCUCCGCCGUGCCGGACGCCGUUCUCCAGCUCCUCCGCCCCGGGACUGCAGGCAACAACUUCGUAAGCGAAGCCGAGGCAGAUGGCGCGGGUGCACCGAACCUUCCGUUCGAUUACCAGAACUACGAGCGCUCGUCGGCGCCGUACGGCUACGACUACAAACCCUCGUCGGCGCCGUACGGCUACGACUACAAGGCGCCGAGCGAGGGCGGCGAGGCGGCGCCCGGCGAGCAUCACCACGCGGGCCGCGGGGAGGCGGCCACGACGACGACGGUGUUCUUCCACGAGGAGGCGGUGCGCGUGGGCGAGCGCCUGCGGUUCCGCUUCCCGGCCGCGGCGCCCGCCGCGCUCGGCUUCCUGCCGCGCCACGUCGCGGACGCCAUCCCGUUCACGACGCCGGCGCUGCCGUCCAUCCUCGCGCUGCUCGGCGUCGCCCCGGGCACCGCCCAGGCCGCCGCCAUGGCGGAGACACUGCGCACGUGCGAGUCGCCCCCGCUCGCCGGGGAGGCCAAGUUCUGCGCCACGUCGCUGGAGGCCCUGGUCGAGCGCGCCAUGGAGGCGCUCCGCACGCGCCGCGUCCGGGCGGUGACCUCCACGCUGCCCCGCGCCGGCGCGCCGCUGCAGCAGUACACCGUCCGCGCCGUGCGCCCCGUCGACGGCGCCAGCUUCGUGGCGUGCCACGACGAGGCGUACCCGUACACCGUGUACCGGUGCCACAGCACCGGCCCGGCCAGGGCGUACAUGGUGGAGAUGGAGGGCGCCCGCGAGGGCGCGGUCACCGUGGCCACCGUCUGCCACACCGACACGUCGCGGUGGAACCCGGAGCACGUCUCCUUCAAGCUCCUCGGCACCAAGCCCGGCGGCGCGCCGAUCUGCCACCUCAUGCCGUACGGGCACAUAAUCUGGGCCAAGAGCGUGAAGCGCUCGCCGGCUUAAGGAGCGGAGCACCAUUCUUCCGUAGCAUUUCUGAUUGAUGCGGUAUCUAUUUAUGUGGUGUUGUUCAUGCCACCUAGUCUCCUCCUGUACCUCUGCGGUUCCUGGUCACUAGUCUGCAAUAAAAGGACUAAU